ACUUUAUUAUUAACGGAAAUUAUUUAAGCCAUUCUAACUUAGAAUGCUUAAAUUGUGACUCGUAACUUUGCUUAAUAAAAUUAUUGUUAUGUUGUAUAAAUUAAAUAUUAAUUUUACUUUCUUAUUUCUUUGAUUUGUUUUUUAAUAUACUCAAUACAUUUUUUUUAAUUUUAUGAUUUUUUGAAUUGUAAUGAAUUUGAAAAACAAUUGUUAGUUACACUUAUUAGACCAUAAACAGUGCAUAGAUUCUAUGACAAUAUUGAAUUUGUCGAUCAAUUAAUUUUUUUGUAAUAAAGCGAAACAACAUUCUCAUCGAAAUAAUGGAUUGUCAUUCAUCAAAUUUGCUAUCUAUUUGGAGUGAUCUAGCAAAAUUGACUCAAAAUUGUGUUACAGAAAUAAAGAAAUGUUUAGAAGAACAAACAUUGAAAUUAGAUGUGGUUUAUAAUGAUUGCUUAUCAGUAGCUCAAAAAGAUCCAAUGUUAUAUGUGCCUAAUGUCAAAACAUCUAAAAGACAAUCUAAAUUUAAAAAUUCUCAGAGUGAUGACACUUAUUCUAGUGAUCCAAGUUUUCAACAACCAGCAGUUCCACCAGUUCGUAAAACUAGAAAGCAAACCUCCAUUGCUGCUUCUGAUAAAACAAAAAAUUUAAGAGAAUCUGCAACAAUUAGUUCAGGACCAUCAACAAGAGCUAGUAGAGCAAGAGCAUUAUCAACAUUAAUGGAUAUCACACAAAUAGAUUGCCCUAGAGCUAAUUCGACUUUUGCUGAAAUUAAGAAAUUUUCGAAUAAUGAUGAACUAUUAUCCCCUCAAUUAUUUUCUCCCGAAGAAAAAAACAAAACAUAUUUAAAAAAAGUCAAUCCAAAUGAAACAUAUAAAUUGACUGACUCAGAUGACAUUAAACAGUCAAUAAUAAUAAAAAAAGACAAUGAUUGUAAUAUGUCUAAAAAGUCUAAUAAAAGUUCAAAACAAGCAGAAUUCAAUAGCAUUAACUCAACUAGUGAAAACAAACAUAAGUUGUCAAAAAAUGAAAAUAAACGUGAAAAAGUUGACAACACUGAUAGUAAAGAAGAAGAAAGCUCACUACAUAUGACCAGAACAAAAAAAAGAAAAUUAGAAGAAGAAAAACAAAAUAACAGUAAUAUUAUACGAGUUCCAUUAGAAAAACAAGUUUCCAAUUUUCUAAAACCCACAGAUGUGAUUUUCAAAAAUAAAGGGAAUGAAGCUGAAAAAAGGAAAGAAAUGUACCUUAAAAGCAAAGCUGAUCAGACAAAAUUUGAUGAACUACAUUUAAAAGUUAUAAAACAACGUGAGGAACAAAUUAAACGUGCUGAAGAAAAAAUGAAAAAAAUAGCAGAAGAGAAGAAAAGAAAAGAAGAUAAACAAAAAGAAAAAGAAUUGAAAAUGAAAGAGGAAGCAUUGAAAAAACAAAAGCAAACAGAAAUUCGUUUAGCCGAAAUAAAUGCUAAACGUAAACGAGCUGAAGAGGCAAAACUGAUGAAAUUGCAAAAAUCAGAAGCUGAUCGCUUGUUAAAACUUAAAGACAAUGAAAUGAAAAAAAUAGAAAAUAGUAAUACUCCACAAGCUAAAAUAAUGAGCUCAAAUUUGUCUUCUACAACUACCACUACAAAUUCUAAACCUGAUGUAAUUUUGGUAAAAUCGAAAAUAAAUCAGAUAAAAAAACUUGCUGCAAGUGAUGAUUAUGGUUUAAAUGAUAUAUCUGCUCGUGAUUCUUCUGAAGAUGAAUCUGGCCCAAAAAAGCCAGUUCCUGAUUGGGCCAAACGAUCCAAUAGAAAAAUAACUCUUGAACUUCAAUAUAUAGUUGAUACUAAAAUAAGGGAUUCAUUUUUUGACUGCCCUAAACAAUUUAGCCUUAAAGAAAUGUUUCAAGGCUGGAAUAUUCGAGACCGUCAACGAACAUCGAGUGCUGUUUGGAAUACUCCUGUAAGGUAUAGUGAAUAUUUGCGUAGACAUUAAUUUUUUUAAUAAAAAACUUAAAAUAUAUCACUUGAUUUUAUGACAUUUUGUAUGACCUAUUGUAUUUUAAUUCUUUCUCAAUGUGCUGUAUUUUUACAUAUUUUCUUGAAUUUUUUACAUUUAUAAUAAUAAUAAUAAUAAUUUUGUAUAAUCAAUUGAUAAUUAAAUUUUAAAUUAAUUUUUAAUGUAUCUUAAGUAAUAUUCAUAGAUCACUUUCAAAAAUAUGUGAAAUUUUGUUGGUUAUUAUUAAUAAGGUCAAAUUUGUAGUAAUAAUUCUGUCGUAA